AUGAGCGUCGCAUCUGAAAGAAUCAGACGGGACCCGGAUUUGAUGGCGCCCGUUCGGACAACACUUAAUGUGGGAGGGGUUCCACACGGGAAUCUACACUUCAAACAAGGGCCACCUAGUCAGCUGUCCAGACGUCCAUCAUCGGCAGGAAGGCACUUCAACGCUCCAAUGGGCUUAAAUCCAGUGAUACAGAAAUUGCCAGUCACUAUUCAGUCAAAAUGGAUCAACAAGGCAGCGAAUUACAAGGAGACUAACUGCGUUGCAUAUCCGCCAUUUACAGUGUUAACAGAGUUUCUUGAAAGUAUGGCAGGAAGGUUCAAUGAUCCAGCAUUAGUGAUCAGUGACAAACAAAGCCAGAGUGACAUAUCUGAAAUACCCACACCGGAAGUUGCUGCAUUGUUUUCCCACCUGAAGCCAAUCAAGGACAAGUUCCCUGAACUCAUGGAGAAUCCGCACAUAGGGCUACCGAUUGGCAGAGAUAUCCCAGAAGCACAUCAUGUUCUGGAACAAGUGCUAGGUGAUCAGAAGCAAUUGCCAUUUGCACAGAAACUACCACUUGGUUGGGUUUUGGUUGGCGAAGUGUGUUUGGGCCAGUUGCAUAUGGACGAGACUUGUGAGAACAUAAGAACAUUCAAGACUCAAGUGUUGAACGCAGACAGAACAACUUUGUUGUGCCCUUGCCAGAAUGCCUUGAAAGUAAGUGAGAAAAUCAACACAAGCGAUGAUAUUUUUAAGGUCACUAAAGCUGAUGAUCAAGUUGGACUGUCCCAAGAUGACCAGAAGUUCCUUCAAAUCAUGGACAAUACAAUAGACAUGAGAGAUGGUCAUUGGACAGCUCCGUUGCCACUAAAGAAUCCCCAAAAAAAGCUCCCAAAUAACAAGCUAAGUGUUUAUAAGAGAGCUACCAGCCUACGGGCUUCACUACAGAAAAAUCCAGUGAAACAAAAGCAAACGCACAAGUUCAUGCAACAGAUACUAGAUUCUGGCGCAGCAGAAGAGGCCCCACCACUGAAUGAAGACACAGAACGCUGGUAUCUACCUUUCUUUGGGGUAUAUCACCCGCGCAAGCCAAACAAGGUCCGAGGAGUGUUUGAUUCAUCUGCAGUAUUUGAUGGAAAUUCACUGAACAACAUUCUCUUGACUGGACCAAACUGCACGAAUAGUCUGCUUGGUGUACUUCUGCGUUUCAGACGUAAUGCUGUUGCUGUCAUGUGCGACGUGCAGCAGUUGUUCUAUUGCUUCAAGGUCAACAAGGAACACCGUGAUUUGCUUCGUUUCUUUUGGCACAAAGACAACAAUCCAAAGAAAGAGCUUAUAGAAUACCGAAUGACGGUUCAUGUCUUUGGGAACAGCCCUUCGCCAGCUGUAGCCACCUACUGCCUCAGAAAAGCUGUCGAGACUGCAGAUGAAGAUGUGAGAACCUUUGUAAACAGGGACUUCUAUGAAGACGAUGCCUUGACAUCACAUUUAAAGGAAGAAGAAGCCAUUGACUUGAUUAAAAGAACGCAAGAAACCUUGAGUAGAAGCAGUAUUAGACUGUAUAAGAUAGCCUCUAAUUCUAGAGUCGUGAUAAGCAGUUUCCCAGUAGAAGACCUCGCAAUUGACAUGACAUCCUUUGACAUCUCUACAGAUGAAAUGCCCGAUCAGGCUAGUCUAGGUUUGAAAUGGAAUACCAAUGCCGAUACAUUUGAGUUCAAGAUCAACAUUGCUGAAAGACCAUUCACAUGA